AGGGAUCACCUUUCUCUUUUCUCAAUCCCUAUCCUCCUCUCAACAUUGCCUUUCUUGCCUCCACUUCCAUUUUCUCUUUCUCCUCCAACCCUAAUUCCCUUCCCUCUCUCUCUCUCUCACACAAACAUCUCAGAAGGCCUUUCCUCAUUGGAGGCAAAAUGGCCAACGCAUCGUCUGGAAUGGCUGUGGAUGAUGAGUGCAAGAUUAGGUUCCAGGAGCUAAAAGCGAGAAGGAGCCACCGGUUCAUUGUGUUCAAAAUUGAGGAACAGAAAAUUGUGGUGGAGAAGCUCGGUGGAACUAAUGAAGGCUACAACGAAUUCACAGCCAGUUUGCCUGCCAACGAGUGUCGAUAUGCGGUCUAUGAUUUCGAUUUCACAACUGAAGAGAACUGUCAGAAAAGCAAGAUCUUCUUCAUUGCAUGGUCUCCGGAUACAUCAAAGGUGAGGAUGAAAAUGGUGUAUGCAAGUUCCAAAGAUAGAUUCAAAAGAGAAUUGGAUGGAAUUCAAUUUGAACUGCAAGCAACAGAUCCUAGUGAGAUGAGCUUGGACAUUGUGAAAGGGCGAGCAAUCUAAUAUCCAAAAAAAAAAAAGAAAAAAACAGGAAAGAAAAGAAAAGCAAAUUGAUCUUCAUGCUGAGUUCAUGAACACCCCCCUCCAACCCAAUAUGAAUUAAAACUUCAUAUAAAUAUAUGUAUUUUUUUUUUUGUGUUAUUUUUUUCUUUAGAAUUUUAACCAAGCUGAAGCCCAUAUUGAAUUCUCAGAAAGUAUAAGAGAAAUGCAUGCAUGCAUGGGUACGUAGUUGGAGUACUUAAUUGCAGUAGAAUAUUGGUUGGCUUAGGUUGCUUCCUUUUAUAUAUAUAUGGAGAUCAUUAUAUAUAAUGCGCUCUUUUUGAUGUUUGUUUUGAGUAGCAUAAUAAUCUUU